CUCACUUCUUCAUCCCCAUGGCUGCUUGACAAUAAAAGAAAGUUGAAAGAAAACUAAUAGAACAGGAAAACGCAUAUGAGGAUGUCUAUAAAUAAUUGCGUCCAAGUUUCUAUGGUGGAAUUUGGGCUAUAGGCUACUUUGAACUAAGGGAGCCAGUGGGAGUGCACUGCAACCCUUGAAAGCGCAUCUCGCGGUGAGGACCAACAACACAUCUUCAUAUCAGCAUCCAUUCCACAGUUGCCUACCAUCGGCUGCGCACCAGAGACGGGCGAUAACUAGGAUAUGUCAAGGCGUGCGAUGCUUUUGCUUGAUUAAUGCCUUUUCUUUCCUUGGAUUGUACUGUUUUUUUAUCUGCAUUUUCCAAGAUGGUUUGAGGUUUCACCUUGAUGUGCACAAUAUCAAAUUAAUUGGCUGCUACUGUUUAAGAAGCCAUCACUGCAGUGCCAUUUUUUUUCAUUUACUGGAGGACAAAUAUCACACUGAAGCUACCCAUAUGCAACAUAAUGAGGAGUCAUGUCAAAAGGGCACUUUUGACCUAGCUGAGAAGGAGAGCCAAGUGCAAAGAGAGAAUCUGCUCAGACCGACUCCUGAUCCAUCCAGUACGUACCUUCCUGUCAGGACUACAAGGACCUACUGUGGCAUUAGAUGCCUGAAAAGAACUGACGCUUGUAGCCAGGGUCUCCCAGCUCAGAAGCAUUGAGAUCCUCAGGACCUCCCCUGCCAUUCUCUUUGGUCGGUCAUCCACUAACCUAGAGAGGCUAACGCCCCUGGAUAUUGCUACUCAGUCACCAUGGGAACCGUGCUGUCGCUCUCGCCCAGCUACAGGAAGGCGGCCCUCUGCGAAGAUGGGCCAGCCACAGUGGGCCACUACGCGGCCGUUCAGAACAGCAAGAACGCCAAAGACAAGAACCUGAAGCGUCACUCGCUCAUCAACGUUCUGCCAUGGAAGCGGAUCGUGGCUGUAUCGGCCAAGAAAAAAAGCUCAAAGAAGGUGCAGCCCAACGCUACAUACCAGAACAAUGUGACCCAUUUCAACAAUGAGAACCUGAAGAAGUCUCAGUCCUGCGCCAACCUGUCCACCUUCGCUCAGGACCAGAGCACCCCGGCCCUCGUCAAGAGCUCCAACAAUGCCGCCUCGUCAGUCAAGAAGGCCCCCCUGACCAACUCUAAUGCAGCUCCCGGCACGCCCAAGAGGGUGAUCGUCCAGGCCUCCACCAGCGAGCUCCUGCGCUGCCUGGGUGAGUUCCUGUGCCGGCGCUGCUACCGACUGAAACACCUGCCCCCCACUGACCCGGUGCUGUGGCUGCGGAGCGUGGACCGCUCGCUGCUUCUUCAGGGUUGGCAAGAUCAAGGGUUCAUCACCCCGGCCAACGUGGUGUUUGUCUACAUGCUGUGCCGCGACGUGGUCUCCUCCGAGGUGGCCAAUGAGCACGAGUUGCAGGCUGUGCUGCUCACCUGCCUCUACUUGUCCUACUCAUACAUGGGCAAUGAAAUCUCCUACCCGCUCAAGCCCUUCCUGGUGGAGAGCUCCAAGGAGACCUUCUGGGACCGCUGCCUGUCCAUAAUCAACCUGAUGAGCACUAAGAUGCUCCAGAUCAACUCGGACCCGCACUAUUUCACCCAGGUGUUUGCCGACCUAAAGAAUGAAAGCCAGAAGGAGGAGGAGAGGAGCCGCUUGCUCAUUGGUCUGGAUCGGUGAGGGUCCCGGGGCUCAGGGAAGGGGAGGGAAACCAGGGGAGAGGGGCCUACACCAGUUUAGUAUUUCAAAGUGGGAGAUUGGUUGAGGGAGUAGGAAGAGGGGAGUGGGGAGUGGAAGUUUUGAUGGGAAGAGAUUCAUUUUUAGGGUUAAUUUGGCUCAGAUCUAGCCAAAACGUUUUAGAUUAUAAGCAUGUUUGAGAGCUAACGGUACAACGGAACGCAGUUUGAUGAAAAAAAUCUAACAUUUUAUGGUAAAAAUCUUAUUUAUCUCAAGUUUUCUGAAGACCAAACUAAUAUUUUUCGAAGGAAAGAGAAUUGCAUUUUCACUUUUGACACCUAACAAAAAUGCCAGACUCGGGUACAUUCUCUGCUUACGCACAUGUAUAAAUACAUUUGAAAAAUACAAAACUGACAAUGGGGGGAAAAAACUAGAAAAGGAACACAUCUACAGCUAUGAAUGUGGAGAGGACUGAGGCUGCAGCACCCUACCAACUACCUGCUGUUUGUUCUGACUGUAUGAGAUGCACUGCCUACAACGGGAUGGUCAAGGGCCCUUUGCGUGACUGGGCUAGUGUUCACAUCAACAGACAAGCUGCAACGCUGGCUCUUUUGACUGAAGUGAAAACCCAUGUACCCCCACUGCAAGGAAGGAUAUGGACUCGACAGUUCUGCUGCGGUGCAAACAGUAUCUGAUCUGAAUGGAAAAGUGGGGGCAUGGAUGCUGGAUUCAUGUUGUUGUGGCUUUAUUGUUUGUGACUUGGCUAGAGGGGUUUGGUGGAGAAAGAUUGGUUCAGAAGGACUUGAUAACAUUUAAUUGCAUUGUGGGCUUUUUUAUUUUUACAACAAGACAAUAGGACAUCAAACACAAGGCUUGAUUAUCACACUUUAUGUUAAGACCUACUUUAUUUUCAUCUCAGAAAAAAAAUGUUUUACUCUUCAAAUGCUCAAGCCCAGGGUGGUUUAUUUAUUGAUUUUCUUAAAAAGCUUUUAAUUUUUACUUAGAAAUAAUAAACUAAUGCAUGUGUGUCAUGCAAUUUUUCUUGAAUUUCUGACGACAAUAAUUACUUUACUUCUUUCCAUUUGAUCUGUAAUUAAACCAACUGCAUCUGCAUUAGAGAAUGCUGUGAGAAAAGUGAAAACUAGUUUAUUUAGCUAUGCUUGCUAAAAUAGGCUAUUUGUUUACCAAGGAAUAAUUGUGUAUUUUUGUCUAACGGUUGUAUCUAAAAACACUUUGGAAUGAAGGUCCAUAUUCUGCUACAAGACAUUUAACUUGAACAAAUGUUUAGCUAGUGCCAUAUCUUUGAUGAAAAUCUUGUAGGUCUGAAAACACAUCCACAUGUUGAGCGAUUGGGUGGAUUUCCAUCUUAUAACUAAUUGAAACUCAACUGGUUAUUUUGGCAAAUCCCAUGUAUUCAAAAGAUCAUGAAUGAAUGAUAAAUUGGUCUGUUUGUGAGUAACUGGUGAGCUUAUCUUUGGUGGGAAUGAAGAUCAAUGGUUGUUGCAAAUGAAUGUUGCAGGGAAUAAGCUAUAGAUAGACCCUAGAUUAAAAAACAAUUUUUAAAAAGUCUGACCAUCGCCAAAGUAACUACCACAUCAGAGAGACCUUGAGUAAAGACAAAGACCCUAGAACCCUAGACACAGUGCAAUCCCAAACCCAACACACCACCCAGCUCCACAUAUCAACAAGACAACAUAACCAUCAGCCAAUGGCAGGCCAUUUCACUCAGAGUCACACCAGAGAAUAUGACAGGUAGCCUCACUUGGAAUAAUCUCUUAAUGCCAAUAUUAAUCAAAUCUAAGACAACAAUUUAUUCAGCUGGGGAGGAGAUGAGAUUAGGUUCAACUGUAGGUUAUAUCCAAGUUGACCUCCAUGGAGAUAAUCAGGUUUUCAAUCAGCUGAAGCCACUCUGAGAAAUGGACGAGCAUAGAGGGCAAUAGGAACACCAUGACUACAUCUACGUGAGAGCAAAUGGAGCAGUCAAGAUGCAUGGCUAUCAUUUCCAUUGAAUAACUGUAAAGGCUAGAAACGGGUAGAAAGAUAGUACCUCCAUCUCCAAUAACUAAUAAGAUAAAGGGAGCUGGUAGGUUUUUCUGUCAACCACUGCUACAGUAUAUGUUGUAAGAGAUAAGUGGAAUUGAAUCCACAAUUUAACAGGAGUAAGUUGUCAAUAGUAUACAUACACUAAACUGGACCUUGGGGGAAAAAAUUAUGAUUACAAGAGUAUAUGCCCGUAUUUCAUCAUCUCAACAGUGAGAAAUGAUGCAUGCUUUGUUUCAGUUGUUUCUCAAAUUUCUUUCUGGAAAUGGUUGACAGUCAUAUGCAGACAAUACUUGUUUGUUGUGGUUUAAAAAAAUAAUAAUUAAUGCUAAAAAAAAGGCUAUUCUCUUUUGUCAUGUGAUGAAGGUUGUUCUUAGGGACUGUUGGUUGAUAUGAUCAUUUCUCUCCUCUGCUGUAUCAGUUGGACUCAACGAGAAAAAUGAAUGGUGCAAGUGUACAUGUGUUGUGGAGCAGUACCGUGGCAUUGUUCCUUGUCAUGGGGAGAUGAAAUGCAAUAGGACAUGGGUUGUUGGGUGUUGUGUGGUGCAAUAGGGGAGGACAUGCACUUGACAGGCUACUGCUCUGGGGAAAAGGCAGGGCAUAUGGGGUCAAGGGUCAAAAGCAACUCACUAAAAUGUGCCAUUUUUUUUUCAAUUGUAUCACUGAGUAGUUGUUUGAAAAACCUUAGAAAAAGACGUGAUAGUUAGAACAUUUCUGUUGACUUUUUCUGUAUCUUGUUACGUACUUUGUAGAACAAAAAAGAAACAGUGUUAAAGAACUUCAAAAGGUUAUUUCAUUGACUGCAUGUGUGCCGAGUGUGUGAGUGUGUGUGAGAGUUUAUUUGUACCGAAGAAUGUGUGAAGUUUGUUUUCUUAUAACCAAUAGGAAGUGGAAAAAGAGGAUACUCUACACUGAUAGGCUACUAGUUAUUUUGAAAAAGCCUUUGCUGUAAUUGAACCUUUUCCAGUUUGUUUCUGCUUUCUUUAAUUUAUUUUUGUACUGUGAUGGAAAAUAAAAUGCACUGAUUGCUCAUGAUGCACAAA